UUGGAACGCAUCAAAAUGGCUGCCCCCAGAAGGAAGAAGGCGCGAACAGUGGAAAAUGAAAAAGCUGAACCACAAAUUCUGUUUCCAGAAACCAAGAUAUUCAUUGUUGACAGGAAAAUGACAAAAUCUCGACAUGACUUUCUUCAGGCGCUAGCAAGGAGAAAAGGCUUUGUAGUAUGUGGCCAGUUUGGGUCAACAGUGACACAUAUUGUAGCAGAGGACCUGUCUACCGAACAGGUGAUGGAGUAUUUCCAGAAGAAAGGUGUGACCAGUCUGUACCCUGGCCAGGAACUCUUAAACAUGGAAUGGUUCACCAGAAGUAUGGAGGAGAAAAGGCCAGUUCUUUGUACUGACAGCCUCAGGCUGAAACCCUCACAGGCAUCUGUAUCUGUUGCUACAGAGGACAUUCCUGUAAGAAUGCCCAGCUAUGAAUGUCAGAGAAUCACAGCACUAAAGCACCACAACCACAGGUUCACUACUGCUCUGGAGCUGUUGGAAGAACAUGCAGGGUACCAGGGUGGUGGGCAGAGGGCAGACUCUCGAGCCCGGGGCUUCAGGAGAGCAUCCUGUACACUAAAAUCCCUCUCCCAUCCACUCACUAGUAUAGAGCAGGCCGGCAAACUGCCUAACAUUGGGCCACACAGUCUGGCUGUCAUAAAGGACAUCCUUGAAGAUGGUUAUUCUCAGGAGGUUCAGGACAUCUGUGAUGGAGACUUCUAUAACACAAUGCAGCUUUUCACAGGUAUUUUUGGUAUUGGAUGCUCCACGGCAAGGAAGUGGUAUGAAAAAGGGUUUCGCACGCUGGAUGACAUCAGGAAUGACUCCACUAUCACUCUUAGAAAGGACCAAAAAAUUGGACUGGAACUCUACCAGGACUUGAACACACCAGUAACUCUGGCUGAAGCUAACAUCAUCCAGGAGCUGGUGAAAGCAGAGGUGCAGAGACUGCAGCCUGGGGCAACUGUGGUGUUAACAGGGGGGUUCAGAAGAGGCAAGACUGAAGGGCAUGAUGUGGACCUGCUGAUCUCACAUCCCACAGAAGGGAAGGAAACAGGCUUGUUGUCUGCUGUACUGGCCAGACUCAGACGAAAGAACCUUCUUGCCUAUGAGAGCACAACUGCCAACACAUAUGAUCCAAGCACAGUGACCAAGAAGGAGUACACCCUGGAUCACUUUGAAAGAUGUUUCUCCAUCUUCAAGUUUGACAAGUCAUGGAUCAGUUCCAAACCAACAUCUCAGUCUCCACCUGGUGUGGUCAAACCAGGAACCAGCAACCCAGAUCUCCCACAUCAGGGGGAUAGAGUCAGCUUGGGGACAGCAGGAGGCUCAGAUGGAGAAAGCACAGCUGAGAAGGCUUGGGUUGGUCGGCGGGUAGAUCUGAUCAUUGCUCCAGCUAGCCAGUAUGCAUAUGCACUCGUGGGAUGGACAGGAUCCAAGUACUUCAACAGGUCUGCAAGGCUGUAUGCAGAGCGUGAGAUGAACAUGAAGCUUACCAGCCAUGUCCUGUAUGACCCAGUCAAGAAUCAGUACUUGUCUGCAUCCAGUGAGGAGGAUGUGUUCCGCCAUCUACAGCUGCCUUACAGAGAACCAACAGAACGGAACUGCUGAUAGGUACAUGUGCUGCCUCCUACAGACAAUGUGCAAAGUAAAGAGAGGUUUGAUAAUGCAUGCUGAAUAGCAUACACAAAUAUGUGACUUUUCAUUGAACAUAAUUUCCUUCAUAAGGCAUGUUUCCAUCUGUGAUACCGGUACUACCAUUGUUAUAGAGCAGUGGCACUGCUUCUGAUGUUCCUCAGUACCAGUGUUACAGAGUAGUUGUACUGCUGCUGAUGUUCCUCAGUACCAGUGUUACAGAGUAGUUGUACUGCUGCUGAUGUUCCUCAGUACCAGUGUUACAGAGUAGUUGUACUGCUGCUGAUGUUCCUCA